AUGCAUCUUAUUUAUAACAUUUCAGGCCUCACAAUCAGUGAUCCACGAAUUUAUUCCGAUAUUCGAUUUUGUUUUGCUAUUAUUUUGAACUUCAUUACUUCAUCAGAACUUUCCGAACUAUCUAAAGAAAUCAAUCAGAUUCCAAACUUCUUUUCCAAGGUCGAACCAUUUUUAUCAGAUCUUAACUUAGUUCUUUUCACAACACUUAAAUUCAUCUCUGCCUUACAGGACAAGAGUUGUGAUUCUGACAAAUUCAUUACUGAUUUCUUCAAAAUCAUUGCAAUUCCUCAAUCCAUGUCCAACAACCAAAACAGCAGUAAUUUGAUCGAUGCAUUGACCAUCCAGAAGUUCAUGGUCGGUAUCAAACUUUUAACGACAGGCGGCACAGGUUCAUUCAACCGUUGGUGUGUUGAUAACAGCGAAGUAUUUAAUAACUCUAAGAAAAUCAUGGUUGAAGCAUGCAACGAAUACUUAUCUAUUCCAUACUCAGAUAUUGAUUUCAUUCCACUUGAUAAAUCAUACUCAAACAUUUCCAAUUUUACAAAUAUUUUGACCGAAAAACUUUCAGAAAUCCGAAUCACAUUUUCCUCCACUUUUUAUUACUUAUCAACAUUUAUCGAACACACUAUCCAAAACAACAUGCGAUUUCUUGAGCGUGAUUUCUAUUCAUCAUGGCUCAAUUUCCAAGUUGGCUGUCUUUCUUCACCAUUUUAUCAUACGCACAAAUCAUUUAUUAUUUCUAGUCUCACAUGGCCUAUGUCCACACCUCGUGUCAUUACACCAUGUCCAUGUACACUUCCAGAUGUUAAAUUCGGCGUUCCUAUCACCGAAAAAGACUUUGACUUCGAAAUUCGAAAUCCUACAUUUUGUUUUCACUUCGAUAGUUUGAAAUACACAUAUUUGAUUCCUUUUAACAAAAUUAACUUCGAUUGCAGCAUCAAAGAUAUCAUCACACCUACAUCAUUCUCCGAAGUUAUUUCUACAUCAGGUCAUUCUCUUUUUGACACCUUUGAAACUGUUUUUGGUGAACGUGACGAAUUUGUUUGUGUUUUUUGUAGUCGUUUCAUGCGAUUCAACCAAAUCCUUCCAUGUUCAGUUUUCUGCACUAAAGAUAAGUUCUUUGUCAUCAUUAACUCCAAAGUUAAUAACAACCAACUUGAAUUAAUCAAUGAUAUCCAAAGUCCAAUCUUGUUUAGAACUAUUAGUGAUCCAAUCAACAUCGGUAUGUUCGGUAAGUCAUCUCUUUUCUGCGGUCAUUUUGUUCUUGAUAUUGAAUUUGAGAACGUCAUGGGCUCAUUCAUUCACAUGUGGAACCAUCUUCCCAAAGCAUUAGUUAUCACCAUUUUCAAGUGCACAGAAUUCAUUUUGAUUUCUAAUGACGAUGACACAUUUCCAGCAUUCUUUACUAAAGAAUUACAAUCACGAUCUAGUACAUUCUCACAGAGCUUGCCAGACAAACCACUGACAUUCUUCAACCAGACAUUAGACAACGCUACUAACCUAUGGUCUAAUGGUCACCUUACAUCACAUGACUACUUAUUAUUUUUGAAUUCACAUGGUGGUCGGUCAUUUUCCGACUUAGCUCAAUAUCCAGUUUUUCCGUGGAUUAUUUCGGAUUGUUUGAAUGAUAAGUCACCACGUGAAUUCCGCGAUUUAACUAAACCUAUGGGCAUGCAAACUCUUGAUCGUGCACAGUACUUCGAGAGUAUCUACAAAGACUCAAACGGUCAGUAUUUCUACGGUCAACAUUAUUCUAUGUCUGCUUCUAUCCACUUUUAUCUUGCUCGUCUUCCACCAUAUUCACUUUGUGAAUGGGAUUUACACGGUGGAUGGGACCACGAACACCGUACAUUCCAAGACAUCAAUGGUACAUGGCAAUCAUGUUCACGUACUAACAACGCAGAUGUUAAAGAACUUAUUCCCGAGUUUUUCGACAUUCCGGAAUCAUUUUUGAAUCCUAAUCAUUUCAACAGUGAAAACGGUAACGAAUUCAAAGUCGACCUUCCUGCUUGGGCUAAGUCCGCCGCACAUUUUGUUCAUGCACAUAGAUUCUUUUUGGAGCAAUCACAUGACAUUAACAAAUGGAUUGAUCUUAUCUUUGGUUCAUCACAAAUGGGUCAAUCGGCUAUUCAAAGCAAAAAUGUUUUCUUGCCAAUCUCAUACCAAGUUGCUCCAUCACCUGACGAAAACUUUGAUACACUUACACUUCAAUUACAGAACUGGGGUCAAUGUCCAAUUGUUUUGUUCAAGAAACCACAUCCUUCUCGAGAUAAUUGUGUCAUCCAAACUACGACAACUCUCUUCAGUGAUCUUGAUAACAUCCAAAUUGCAGAAACACAUUUUAAGUACAAUCCAUUGAAAGUUGAUUUUCAUCUCAGUGAUGGUAUUCAUAGUUUAGAGAUCAAUCCAUCACAACUCAACAUUAUUUACAAGAGCAAUUCUAAGAAAACAUUUUUCAAAGAUUCAUCCAUUGUUUUUUCAGAGAAAGUCAGCAAAUCAUCAAACAACUGCUUCAUUGUUGUUGAUCUCAGUGUUUCAGUUUCCAUUUGCUUCAGAUUGUACUUCAAAGGUAGUCAAUUAUCCGAAAUCCGAUGCAUUUCUAGUUUCUCAAACGACAUUCCUCCUAUCUCUACUUCUGUUAAUGGUAAUGAUUUUGUUGCUGCUUCCAUGUUUGACAGACACAUAUUGACAUGGGAUAUUUUGAGAUCAACAAUCCAAAAUAAAAUCAGUUUCGAAGAACAAUUGAUUGAUUGCGGCUUUGAUGAAUAUAACGGGUUAUUAUAUGUUUUGUCUAUUUCACGACUUUAUGUUUACACCGUUAAUUGUCUGUUUCUUUCCGAAAUUGAAUUAACGAAACGCUCAUGUAGUCUCCUUGUUUUAGAUUUUGA